AUGUUCCGUUUUUUAUUUUUCAUUUUAUGGAUAGGAUAGAGUGAGGAUAUAUUAAAGGCUUAAAUUGAGGACUAUUUUUAAGGAAAUGAUAUUCUAGAAGAUGCGUUUAUUAAUGAUGAUUUAUAUUAAUAGGAAUUAAUAUUUUAAGCAGGAGUGUUAUUGUUUGAAUAAAAUCCCUUAAUUGAAUAAAUGCUUGCAAUGGCAGAGACAAUAGGAGAUGGAACAAAUGAAUAGAUGCUACUUUUGAUGAGUGAAGCUGAAAAUGAAAUUCCUGAUUAUGCUGAAUUGUAAUCACCAAUUAGUGAUACAAAAGUAUUUGAAUAACAUUAAAGACCAAAAAUAGAAUAAAUUGUUACUGAUGAACCUGAAUGGUUAGCUUAAACAGAAUUCUUUUUAGGUGCCUUAACAGUUUUUAUAGCAUUUCCUUUACUUUUAAAUUCUGAAGGUAGGAAAUAUAAACAUCAUAUGAUAUUAAAAGAUGUUGUUGAAUUAAAGAAUGAAAAUUAAUUAAUAAUAUUGUAAGGAUCUACAUUAACUACAGAAGAAUAUUUAAUUGAUUAUUUAACAGGAAUUAAAGUUGAAAAUGCAAUUAGAUUUUAUAGAAAAGUUGAAGAAUUAGUAAUAAACAAUUAAGGAGAUAGAAAAUGGAUAGAAAGAGAAAGUGAAAUAUAAUGGUAUGAUGAUUAAGAUAAUGAAGUACAAUUAUCAGAAUGGAAAUCUUAAAUUCAAAAUAGUUAAUGUUUUUUAUUAGGUUAUUAAUUGAAUGAUAAUUAAAUUGAAAAGUUAAAUAAUUGGUAGAAAUUGAAACUUAAUCCAUAUCAUUAUCCUGAAUAUUAAAUUGAUUAAAAUAAUAUCUAUUUGGUUGGAAAUACAACAUUAAGAAUUUCUUAUUGGUAUAUACCUUCUUAAUUGCUUACUGUUGUUUGUAAAUCAUAUGGUAUUUAAUUGAAUCCAAUUGAAAUUCAUAUACCCAUUCUUGAAUCUACUUAAGGAUGUAGUAUGAGUUCAACAAGACAAGUACUUUAUAUUAAUAUAUAUAAAGGGUUGUUAAGAAUUAGUUUGUUAGAAAGUAUAUUAAUGGAUAGUAUGGAAUGAAUGGUCACAAGAUGAAUAGAAUAUUGAUUAUGUUGAAGAGGGUCUUGUUUCAUUGGAAGAAAUAUUUGAAUCAAAAUUGACAUUCAAAUAAAGUGACCUUAAUAAGAUUAGACUUUUGGCAUUUCUAUUAAUGUUUUUAGGAAUUUGGAUGUUCUUUUUACCUAUCUAUUAAGUAAUAAUGUUUAAUUAUAUAUUAUAGGUAUUAUCAUUAUUCCCAAUGUUUGGAUAAUUAGAUAUUGGACCAUAUUUGGGUGGAAUUGUUGGGUUUAUAUUUGCUAGUGUAUUUUGGUUGAUUACUGUUGGAGUAUCAUAUUGGUAUAACAUUAUCUAAUAUAGACAAGCUUCUAUAAUAAAAAAGUUGGAUUGACUCUUAUUUUGAUUGGAAUUUCUAUAUGUAUGAUACUUAUUAUUUGCACCCAUUUUGAUUACUAAAUUUAACCUAAAUCAUUUUUAGAAAUUUAGUAAAGAUGGUUUUCAUGA